CCAGUGCGCAAUACGAGGCCUGACCGUGGCUCGUCCUCUCCCCGUGAAGUCUAUCCACACCCAAUCCUAUCUCAUCCCAUUCUAUCUCCCCUGCUCUCUAGAAUCCUUCUGGUUGAAUCCUGGUUUGCAAAGAAGAGAUUGUUUUGCCGCCCUUUGUUUUACCCAACAAUCGCUUGGGCGUAGUCUGAUAUCUGGGGUAAUCCUUUGCCUCUUCCCCCAGUCUUUCUCCGCACCCCAGAUUUCGAUUGUCCGGGGAAGGGCUAUAUAACCCUGCCCUGGUGACUCCCAUCUCCUAAGUCUCUAUCAGACUGUUGCAUACACAAUCUCCCUUGUUGAUCAUUAUUGUAACUGCACUACUACCCAUCCAUCAUCUUCUCGUCCAGACAGACAGACAUCAUCAUGUCUAUCCUGUCGAUGGUCGAGGACCGGCCUACGCCUAAGGAGGUCUACAACUGGCGUAUUUACCUCCUGGCGGCCGUCGCCUCCUUCACCUCAUGUAUGAUCGGUUACGAUAGUGCUUUCAUCGGCACGACCAUCUCCCUCGACUCCUUCAAGAAUGAGUUCCACUGGGACUCCAUGACCACCGCGAAACAGGACCUGGUCAGUGCCAACAUCGUCUCCUGCUACCAGGCAGGCGCCUUCUUCGGUGCUUUCUUUGCCUAUCCCAUCGGCCACUUCUGGGGCCGUAAGUGGGGUCUUAUGGUGUCAGCCCUGAUCUUCACUCUGGGGGCGGGCCUGAUGCUGGGUGCCAACGGCGACCGCGGUCUGGGGUUGAUCUACGGCGGUCGUGUGCUGGCUGGCUUGGGCGUUGGUGCUGGCUCCAACUUCACGCCCAUCUACAUCUCAGAACUGGCUCCGCCUGCCAUUCGAGGCCGGCUGGUCGGUGUUUACGAGCUAGGAUGGCAAGUCGGCGGUCUCGUGGGUUUCUGGAUCAACAAGUACGGAGUGGAGCAAACCAUGGCUCCCAGCCACAAGCAGUGGCUGAUCCCCUUUGCCGUCCAGCUGAUUCCAGCGGGCCUUCUGAUUAUCGGCCUUUUCUUCGUCAAAGAGUCUCCUCGUUGGCUGUUCCUGCGUGGCCGCCGCGAAGAGGCCAUCAAGAACCUCUGCUGGAUCCGCCAGAUCCCCGCCGACCAUAUCUACAUGAUUGAGGAGAUCGGGGCUAUUGACCAGACCCUGGAGCAGCAGCGCUCCACGAUCGGGCUUGGCUUCUGGAGGCCUCUCAAGGAAGCCUGGACGAACAAGCGUAUCCUGUACCGGCUGUUCCUCGGUAGCAUGCUCUUCUUCUGGCAAAACGGGUCCGGCAUCAACGCCAUCAACUACUACAGCCCGACCGUGUUCAAGAGCAUCGGGCUGAAAGGCAACAGCUCCAGCCUUUUGACCACGGGCAUCUUCGGCGUGGUCAAGACUGUAGUGACGAUCAUCUGGCUGCUGUACCUCAUCGACCACGUUGGUCGCCGCCUGCUGCUGCUGAUCGGUGCCGCUGGCGGGUCCAUCUGCAUGUGGAUCGUGGGUGCAUACAUCAAAGUUGUGGACCCAACCCACAACCAGAGCGACCACCUCAACGGGGGCGGUGUAGCAGCCAUCUUCUUCUUCUACCUAUGGACAGCGUUCUACACGCCAUCCUGGAACGGCACACCCUGGGUCAUCAACUCAGAGAUGUUCGAUCCCAACAUCCGGUCUCUGGCCCAGGCGUGCGCUGCUGGGUCCAACUGGCUCUGGAACUUCCUCAUCUCGCGCUUCACGCCGCAGAUGUUCGCCAAGAUGGACUACGGCGUGUACUUCUUCUUCGCCAGCCUGAUGCUUUUGUCGAUCCCCUUCGUGUUCUUCCUCAUUCCGGAGACCAAGGGUAUCCCGCUGGAGAACAUGGACCCGCUUUUCCAGACUCAGCCCGUGUGGCGUGCCCACGCAAAGGUGUUGGCGCAGAUCCACGAAGACGAAGAGCGGUUCCGUCGUGAUCUCGAGGAGUCGGGCUACACCAAGGGGGGUGUUGAGCAGGUGGAGGAUACCAGCCGGAAGGAAUGA